GCCGUGAUUGCUAUUUCUUCAAUGAAUUUGUAGCUACGAGGAGGUAGCUUGAAUAAUUUUAGUUUGCAGGCCUGAAACAUGAAGAGGAAGAAGGGGGGCAGUGCUACCACUGAUUUGAUAUCUUUCUUGCAAAAAGCAGCGGCAAAGAAGAAACAGUCUAAAGCUAAAAAUGUUCUUCCAUCUACCAACAAAAGUCAGAUGCAAUUGGUGGUAUUUCAAGGGCAAAGUGACAGUGGCCAGCAAGCCGGAACCCCAAUAAUAGAAGAUGAACACAGUGACAGUGGCACUAGAAGAACAAGCAUAGAACCACCUGAACCAGUGAAAGGUGAUCAAGGUCAGCAAUCUAGAACCCUAAUAAUAGAAGAUGAUGAACCUAUGUCCAUGGAUGAAACUGAACCCAGUGAUAGAGACAAUGAUGAGUAUAGCAUUGAGCAUGAUCCUGGAUUAAGGCCUCCUAUCUCAAGCUAUUUUGUCAAUGAUCGAAAUUCAGUUAGAAGGGCAUACAUUGCAUUGGGGCUGUGUCAACCAAAAAUGAAAAGGGAGGAUUUUCCGCAACAUAAUUGAGGAGGUAUGCGCCGAGUCCAACCUAAGUGGUUUUUUGAGUUCAAAUGGCUGGAGUAUAGUGUGGAUAAAGGUGCUUCAUUUUGCUUUGUUUGCUAUUUGUUCAAAGAUAGCACAAAAUUUGCUGGUGGAGAUGCUUUUGUUGAUGGAGGGUUUCGAAAUUAGAAUAUGAAAACCAGAAUCAAGAGGCAUGCUGGUAAUAUCAAUAGUGCCCAUAGUGAAGCUGAAGACAAGUACAAUAUGUUCAUGAGACCUAAAGCACUCAAUUCGUGAAUCUAUUGCUUCAAACACUACACAGUUCAAGACUAAUUUUCUUGCCCGCUUGACAUGAUCACUUAAGUGCAUAAGAUUUCUUUUGCGUCAAGGGUUGGCUUUUCGUGGUCAUGAUGAGACAAAGGGGUCAAAAAAUGCAGGGAAAUUUCAGAGAACUUUUGGCAUGGUUGGCAGGGAAUUUUGAAGAAGUUAAUAAGGUGGUUCUACAAAACGCUCCACUUAAUUGUCAAAUGAUAGAUCACAAGAUUCAGAAGCAGCUCAUUGCUUCUUGUGCUCAUGAAACAACCAAAUUUAUUAUAGAGGAACUUGGUGAUGAAUGAUUUGCCAUUCUUGCUGAUGAGUCUAGUGAUGCAUACCAAAAUAAACAAUUGGCUCUUUGCUUGUGUUAUGUCAAUAAAAAAAGGGGAACCUGUUGAGCGGUUUCUUGGCCUUGUACAUGUUGAAGAUACUACAUCAUUGACACUUAAAAAAACAAUUCAGUCCUUACUUAUCAAAUAUCAAUUGCCUUUAUCCAAGGUACGUGGUAAA